AUGGCCGUUCCACGCGGGAUCUUGACAGAGCUCACACAUGUUCUAAACAUACGCGCACGCGAGCAACGAUCAUAUAUAACGCACGACUCUCAAGUUCGCAUCUUCAGCACGAAUAUUGCACUUGCACACGUCACGUCCACCCAGAAAAGAUAUCAACUCGAGCACAAAAUGGGGCGAGCGUCCAAGGCCCUUGACGAGUUCAUCGAGAGCAUUCCCGACAGCAAACUGAAGCCAACCUCUACCAACGCGGGUACCUUAUAUAAGGACAAGGACUUCCGCCUCGACAUGCAGGGUAUGACGAGCGAUAAACCCCAGAAAUACAACCUUCAGGUUCAGAUCAACAAGGAGACGAAGAUAACCAGCUUGAAGAAUUUACAGGGCUCCGGUACGACGGUUGCCGAGUACCAGGCCAACGCCGGAGACAGCGCGGCGAUCAUUCGCAGCAAGUUGCUCGCUGAUAACAAGCUGAAAAAUAGGAAAGAUUGA